AAAAAAUAAACGCACAAGUACAUAAGCUUUACUGAUAAAAUAAUUCGCACUAUGUAAUUGCAUGAACCAAAUAGCUCAAAUAACUUUACUAUUGUGAAAUACAUACGUACAGAUUAUCGGGAUUCCCCUAAUUUCCUUGUUCUUCUCUGGGAUUCCCCUGUUCUUUUCAUUAGUGCAUCAAAGGAAAAAAUUAAAAAAUGCCAACAGCGUUUGUUUUCUAACAAUGUACAAUAUAAAUUAGCAAAUUAAAACUUAUCUCCCAGUCAGUUUGAUGAUACAUAUAAUAUAUAAGGCAACCAAAAUUACAAACGUUAUAAUUCAGCUGCCUGAUGAUUAUUUUACCAUAAAUAAUCUAUAUAUUUCAAUAGAUUUUCUUAUCAAAAACAUCAAAUCAUUACCAAAUUAACACCAAUUGCAUUAUUUUAUUAACAUCUUAUUUCUUUUUAUAUUUAUACGAAACGUCUAAACUUAACCUAACUUGUCACGUUUCAACCUUUCUUAUCAAAAAUACUUAAACAAAAUUGAGUGUGCUAUGAUUCUCGUUACUUUAAACCGAAAUUUUUCGAUAAAUUUCGUUAAAAAUUGCCGUAACUUCUCAACAAUGAACGAUUUAACCACGAUAUUUCUCGCGGGUGUGGCUUCCGUUCAACCAAAGAGUUUAAUCAAGAAGACGGUUCAGAUCAAAAAUAAGACGUUAAUAGUGAACGGAAACGAGUUUGUGAUGAAAAAACCGUGUUAUGUGGUUGGAUUUGGAAAAGGGGUUUAUGGAAUGGCUUUGGAAUUACAAGAUAUCUUGGGUGAGAACCUUCAAAAUGGCGUUGUAACGGUACCUAGCGGGAUUUUUACGAAAUUUGGAGGCAGACCUAAGUGUGAGUGCCGAAUCCAAUUUAUAGAGGGCGCUAAAGACAAUAUUCCCGAUUUAAAUGCUUUUGAAGGAAGUUUAAAGAUUAAAAAAAUGAUCGAAAAGUUGGAUAAAGAGGAUUUGGUCGUUGUUUUAAUAACUGGUGGUGGUUCAGCUUUAUUGCCAUAUCCAAAGGAACCAAUGACUUUAGAGGAAAAACAAAUUAUAAUAAAAAGCUUAAGUAAAGGAGGUGCCGAUAUAAAAGAAUUAAAUUCAGUUAGAAAAAAAUUAUCUGAAUUAAAAGGUGGUGGUUUAGCUAAAUUAGCUUUACCAGCUAAAGUAAUUAGUUUAAUCCUUUCGGACAUAGUUGGAGAUCCACUGGACUUUAUUGCAAGUGGACCAACCGUAACAAAUCUUGAUUCCCCAGACAAAGCUUUAAACAUAAUAAAAAAAUACGAACUAUUUGAGAAACUUCCGGAGCACGUAAAAGUAAUUUUAAAGUCAGAAAAUACUUUUAAAGUUACAAACGCCGAAAAUUUUAUUAUCGGAAAUAACAAACUUGCCGUCGAAGCAUGCAGAACAAAAGCGAUAUCUUUCGGAUACGAAACCCGAAUUUUGACGACAAAAAUCCAAGACGACGUUGAAGUUUUAAGCAAAUUCUACGCUGAAUUGGCUGCUCUGAUCUACUCUUCCACGAGUAAAACCGAUUUACGCAAUUUUCUUGAGUCGGCCAAAUCAAAAUUGGACGAUAUCGACGUUGAGGACUUCUUACAGCUCGAUUUCUCCAAGAACAUUUGCAUAAUAGGUGCCGGGGAACCGACCGUCGUAGUUAAGGGUAAGGGAAAAGGGGGUCGGAACCAGGAAUUGGCAUUAAGAUUUUCCGUGGAAGUUAAUAAGUUUAGUGGUGCAAAAAUGGAAGAUAUUUCAUUUCUCAGCGCUGGCACAGAUGGCAUGGACGGUCCAACUGACGCCGCGGGAGCUCUUGGAAGUUCAAACUUAGUUAAUAAAGCCGCCCAGUUUCAUAUUAGCCCCACUCAAUUCUUACCCAAUAACGAUUCUUACAACUUUUAUUCUCAAUUUGAUAACGGAACUCAUUUAAUUAAAACAGGACACACAGGAACUAAUGUUAUGGAUAUUCAUCUUAUUAUUAUUCAAAAAAAUAAAUAAAAAUUAUUUUAAUAAUAAA